UUUAGACUCGAAUUAGUCUUAGUUCCUAAGCCGACAAAACACGGGCUCUGUUGCAAAUCAUAUUUUUUUUAGUUUAAAAUGAAGUGCUGUGUUUUCGGUGUAAUAUUACUAAUUGGUAUAUGUCAGGCAGAAAUACCGGCAGAAGUGCCGGAUCUAGACGAUUUCGAAGCUAUUAAAGAAAGAUGUGAGAAAAAAGGAGGCGCUGGAACAUAUGAAAAAUUAAAGACUGCAGGAGAACAGGCGCAGUCAUGCAUAAAGGACAUUAUCGAUGUAGAUAAAAUAAAAACAGAGGUGGAAGAAGCCAAGAAGACAGGAUCGAUGGAUGAGGUGUUCGGAAAAUAUUGCGGCAAAAGACCCCAAAUAAGAGAAUGCGUCAAAAAGGUAUACGACGCCGUACAGCCAUGUUUAGAAGAAAACGAAAAGAACGCUUUGAAUGUCACAGGAAACAUAGUGAGGCAGAUCUCAGAUUUUGCUUGCUACAGAGAUGGUGAUAGAAUUGCUAUGUUUGUGGCAGAAAAAGGUGUAGAAUGCCUCAACUCCCGCGUGGAAAGCAUAAAAAGUUGUGUUAACCAGACUCUGAAAUUUAACCCAGCCACAUUUUCACCAAAUUCGAUACCUAACCUUACGAUCGACAAAAAGAAAUGCGAUGAUUUGACAACGAUCCAGAACUGCAUUGUGAAGGAUUUAGAGGACCAUUGUUCUAGCACUACGCCCGCCAAUGUAAUCGACGCCUUGUUCCGCUUUGUGAAGAAAACCGCCUGCAAAGAGGCCAAAACGAAAAGAAGUAUCAGCUUAAAAAGAGCAGUACGGAAUGUGAUGACAAUAACCCAGGACCAAUUUAGAGAAAGUUUGGAGCAUAAGAUGAAGACAACCUGUCAAAAAAACGGGGGAGAUGGAGCCUUUGAAAAUUUAGAGACAUCGUUCAACAAUAGCAGAGCUUGUUUUAUGAAACACAGAAUAUUCGGAACUCCCUCAAAUAUUUAUCAAAGUAACCUAUCAAAUUGCACAAAUGAUUAUCGAAACGCUCUGAAAAACUGCUUGGCAGAAGGAGAAAAGUACUUUGCUGACUUUAUUCUUGAAUUAAUACAGUCCUUGUACGGAUUUAUCUACAAAAAUUAUGGUAAAAUAAUGGCCGGUGGACAACCAAGUGCAGAACUUACCAGUUGUAUGAGAACUUUAAGUAAUGAUGAAGUACAAAAGAAGCUCUACAGCUGUUCAAAUACAACCUUAAACGAGCUCACUAUUACAAAUAAUAUAAUUACUUUACCACCAAAAUCUCAAAUUUGCGAGUCAUUAACAGAAGUGUCUACAUGCAUAUCCAAGACUAUUAAAAAUACGUGCAUAAGGGACAUAACGAUAUCUCAACUUGCAGACGACUUUGUUGAGACUAUGACAGCUCCAUGUCAAAACAAAAGAAGAUAAUUAGAAAAAAAUUAAAAACCAAACCAUUUUUAAACUAGGUCUUUUUUUACUCGUAUUUUAAAUUAAAUUUGUUGGGUUUACGGUUUUACAAACAUCGAAUUGCAAAAAAAAUAGUAUUAAAUAACAAAUAUCAGAACCUGAUUUAGCUAUAGGCUGGUGUAGGCUGCAGCCUACAGACCCUACCAACUAGGGGCCCCCACCAUGUUAACAAAAAUUUUUUAUAUGAAAACAAUUUUUUUUUAAGACCUUCCCAUCAUGAACAAGACACUACAGAUAUUAUCGAAGAAUUUGCUACAAUAAAAGCUAGAAAAGUUGUUAUUUAAUCGUAUUUAAUAAUUCAUAUUUAGAUUAAUAAUAGUAUGAAAUUGGGUAGUGAUAAAUUUUUCUUAGAAUAUGCUGCUGCACUUCAAUUCUUGUGUACGCCGCCACUGUAAUAUUCAUGCAUUACAAAUACAUGAAUUGUAGGCAACCUACAGUGCAUGUAAAGGGAGAUACUGCGGGUCCACGGUGACAAAGCGAAGGGGGUCAGCUGUUAUUCCGCGUUUGAACAGUUACAUCUAACUGUAAAAUUUCCUUUUGGAAAUCAAUCCUGCCUGUUUGUGAAAGGAAAUCUGCAAUAAUUUCAAAUACGUAAAAUCCAGCAUACCCUUUUUCACCAUAAAGUAAUUACCCUUUCUAAUUUCUCAGAAUGAUAGAGUAAAUUAGAGUUAUUCGGAAAAGUAUUUCUUUAUAACAUUUUGUCUCAUUUGUUACAUACGAAAAUGGCACAUUAUUGGUGAAUAGGUGAAUAAAAUCAAAUGUUUCUGAAUUUCCGAGGCUUUACGGAUUUGAUAUAGUGGAUUUUGUUUCACAAACAAGCCAAGCUGAAUCUUUGGAGGCUAGUUUCCAAUACCAGCAUUUCUCAUUAUCAUACAAGUCGUUUCAUCUGUGUGGGGACAUGCUCUAAGUGUUCAAAAACAUUUUAUUUUCGAGAUUAAUGAAAAUAUACAGUGUCCAUCGAGAUGCAAAAAAAAAACAGUUAAAGGAUGCUAAUGUAAAUAAUAGUUUCUUUCAUACAUAACGUAACUGCUUGAACAAACAUUAAUUUUAUUUAAAAAUAAUUAUUUAAAAUACUUUAUUUAAAAAUAAUUCGAUGUUUAGUCCCACUUGGCAUAAAGCUUGAAUUUUUUAUUACUUACAAAUCUUUUUACAGCUAUGGGAGAUAAAAAUCUUCCAACAUAUACUGCUCAUGAUAAAAAAGUUUUAAUUAGUUUUGUUCUUCAAACCCUUUUGAACAAUUUACACUGGAAAUAUUUUUGUCCACUGACUUGUGAGUGAGGCGGGGCGAAAGGGAGGGUGAAAGAGGGAAGGGGAGAGAGCGAGAGAAAGAAAAACCAGUUUAUAACCAGUCAAAUAUAUUAUUUGAAAACGUUCAUAGAAAAAAAAAUUCUGAAUUUUUUUUUCUUGGUAGGUUGACAUAUUUUCAUUAAUUUUAAACACCCUGUAUCUUGAUAGGUGUACAUUUUUCCUGUUAAAUUGUGUUAUAGAAUCGGCCAUUAAAGUAUGGCCAAGUGUUUUAAUUACAUGCUGUACAUGUAUGAAAUAAACUUAUUUUUCUAAU